CAGACUUUGCCCUUGUCACACACGAAUCACGAAUCAGUUGAUGAGCUAGGUAGAGAGUUUAUAAGUGAAUUUAUUUAUAUUUUUAGACGGUUAUAACGAAAAGAUUCCGUGUGAUGCAACAACGUGUGGCUGUCAUCGGAGCAGGGGCUGCAGGACUCUGUGCGGCCCGGCACCUAUCGAGAGACCUCACCCUAUUUCAUCCUGUGGUCUUCGAACAAUCUGAUUGUGUUGGAGGGACAUGGGUUUACACAGAGAAUACAGAAACUGAUCAAUAUGACCUGCCUGUUCAUUCGAGCAUGUAUUCAUCUUUAAAGACUAAUUUACCAAAAGAAAUAAUGGCGUUUCCAGAUUUUCCUUUCGACAAGAAUUUACCAUCGUUUAUUGGUCAUCAAGAUGUUUUAAAGUAUCUUAUCAAUUACUCUGAGGCCUAUGAGUUAAACAAGUUUAUAAAGUUUCACACAAGAGUUGAAAGUGUCCAGCUACUGGUUGAGAAUGGCAAGAUCAGAUGGAAUGUGCAAUUUUGUAAUGUAAAAGAGAAGCACGUCCCACAUGAAAAACAAGUUUUUGAUGCUGUUAUGGUUUGUAAUGGACACUAUGCGAUUCCAAAAAUUCCUAACAUCCCUGGACUAGCAUCCUUCACUGGCAUCAUCAGUCACAGCCACACCUACAGGCAUGCAGAAGAUUUCCAGGGAAAGAAAUUGGUUGUACUUGGUGCUGGGGCAUCCGGGAUUGACAUCGCAUUGGACCUAGCUAAAUUUGCGGAGUCCAUCACCAUAAGUCAUUGGAAGAAAACAUUAAAGUCCACACUGCCAGAGAACAUGAAACAAAGAGCUAGCAUUCAAGAGGUUGUCAAGAAUGAAGUGGUGUUUUCAGAUGGCUCAAGAGAAGUUGUGGAUGGCAUCAUCUUCUGUACUGGCUAUAACUAUGACUUCAGCUUUCUGCAUCCAGAUUGUAAGUUGGCAGUGAAUGAUAACCGAAUCACACCAUUAUAUAAACACAUUCUUCAUACCCACCAUCCGUCCUUGUCGUUCAUUGGGAUAUGCUCAACGAUUUGUCCAUUCCCGUUGUUUAGUUGCCAGGUGCGUUUCGUGAUCGCUUCACUGACCGGAUCCAUGCAGCUGCCAAGUAAAGAACAAAUGGAACUUGAUAUUGAGAAGGAUUACCAAAAGCGUUUAGCUGAAGGACUGCCAAACAGGCAUGCUCACGCCAUGGGGCCGCGACAGUGGCAGUAUAACGAUGAUCUUUGCCAUUUGGCUCAUAUUCAAACUGUUCCGGAUGUUGUUCGAAAACUUUACGAUGCCGUUCAUGAUGAAAGAACAUGGAAUGUUGCUAACUAUAAAAAAAAUAACUAUAAAUUGAUUGAUGACAAUACAUUUGACAAGUUAGAAACAGCAGUUCAUUAAUAUUCAUGAUUAUGCAGUUUUUCAAUGUUAAAUAUUAAGAAGGAAGUUUAACCAUUGGUGGACAUAAAAUGGUUCGGAGGACCAAAGUGAAUUUUGAUUUAAUACUGAGGGUCGCACAUAGCUUUCACAUUUCCAGAAAAACAGUCAUGCAUUGCUUUUUAGUUCCUAUCCAUGUAAUGAAUUAGGAACUAUUGGAUUCACUAUUUAGCAUAUGUGUGUGUGUUGAUAUUUAUGAAAAUGUACAUGCGUCAAUGUCAUAUUGGAAUUGAAUCUCAUGUAUUGUUUAAACAAAUAACGUUCAAUCAUUCAAGCAUGUAGUAAUGAUAUGCGAAAGCAUACAGGUGCAACUUACGUUCAUAUUUUGGGAUAUAUCUUCCUCACUGACCUUUUACUGAACAGUGUCUACUAGUCAAAUGCACCAAUUUUUUCCCUUUGUUCGCAUAGGUGACAGUUAAGAAAAAGUUUUCCGACAUUUUCUUUUUCAUCGUGACGCGAAGUUCUUUACUGUUAGCUCAGUCUGGGCUCACGCUAUCCGAUCGCCAACUCGCCAUCAGCGUAAUCUAAUUUGGAUUGGCGAAAAAAAUCAACUGCUUUAGGCAUUUUGGCAAAGCCUAAAAUAAAAAAAAAGUUUUAAAUACUUGCUAAAAUGCAUUGUUCUUUCAUUUGAUCUCAUUUCGCCAACUCCAUGCGACGUUUAUUUCUUUUGUUAAAAAAGAGUUAAAAGUCAGUUAAAAGCAGGGAAACAUUAACAGCAGUAUAAAAUUCACAAUCGAGCCCUCUCUUAUAUAUACCGGUAUACAAAAGACACUUUUUCAUAAGCUAAAAUAAAGGAACUUCUCGUUGAUGAGCUAUGCUUGAUAAUAUUAUUACAUAUUAUUUAUAUUUAUAUAUUUUUUUAAUAUCCUUUUAUAUAUAUAUUUUUUCACUUUUCAUCUUUUUACUUUGUUUGCUUUUAGUAGUAGUGUUUAUUCAUUUGGCCUACUAUUUAUGGUUUCAACUUUACAAUACAUAUUUAUUAAUUAUUAUUUUUAUAUUUAAUUUCAUUCCUCAUAACAUUAUUUUUUCUUUUUUGUUUGGUAGUGCUGUUUUUUUCUUUGACCUCAGUUAUUUUAUAAUAAAACUAAAAUUUUCUUUCUAAAAACCAAUAAUGAAUUUCCAUCUAUAACUUUUCUUACUCUAUGUAGGUCAAAAGUUUAGGCAGUGCUUUUUGUUCAUUUAUAAAGCGAAGACAGUUUUAGGGAAUAAGCCGGGGCAAUAAGCAAUAUCAAACCAAUACUGAUACCAAUACCAAUACGGUACCGAUACCGAUACCAAUACCAAUACCGAUACCAUUUACGUACUUAUAACCAGGAUAAAAAUAAUUUGGUCAAAAUGUCGCCAGUGUGUGUUCUCCAAAUAUAAAUAUGUGUGACAUAUUCACAUGAAAUGACAAAUAUCCAGCGAACACCUUAUACUGUAACUACAGGUGACAUAUUUUACACAAACCGACGAGUACUUUACUUGGAAAAUUAUUCAUCAAUAGUUAAAUCAUAAUGAUGCGACUUAUAAUUUCAGCAUAAUAAUUUAUAGUUUACAAACAUGAUCAAUACAAAUAUAAGACAUCAACAAACAUUUUUUAUCGCGAUGCUAUCAAAGAUGACAUUUUGUGUAUCCAGUUAGGGAGCAACGGAUUAAGUUAAUGACCAACCAGAUAAUCAAUUUCAAUAUUAUAAGGCUUAUAUAAUGAUAAUGUAAACUAAUUUAAAGUGUACGAAAAAAAAGCAGGGACACUUACAAUGAUUGCAUUGCUUUCUUACGAGUCGGUUUUAUAACUUGAGCUAACUUCUGUAUUUAAAAGUGUAUAAAUAUUGUUUAUUAUUGUUUAUUAUUGAAGAUAAAAGUGCAUGAAAACUUAGUGAAUGUAUGGCUGUCUUACUGUACAAGUCGACUUAACUUGAGCUGACUUGUGUUACUACAGUACCAAGAAGUAAUAAUGAAACUAGGGCAAUGAAAGGUAUACAGUAUCGUAUAGCUAUUUAUUUCAACCAAUCAGCUUUUGGUGUCGGAGUAAAAUUGUAUGGAAAACAUAAUGCAAUUAAAAUAAUAUACAUUUUCUUUGAUAUUAUAGACGUUGUUUAACGGUUUUUGAAAUUUUUUUUUUAUGGUGGCGGCUAACCAUUGUCAAUAACUUGGCAUAUGACCGAAACAUUUUAUAACUAUCAAUGUGUAUUUAAGAUCUGCGUUUCCAUCCCAUUGUUGAUGCUCUACAAAACUGCUUUUAAAAACUUUUUUUUUAAGUUCAGCGUUAUUUUAAUAUUAUUCUAUUUUUUUUUUUUGCCUGUAAAUCUGUAAAAUACGGUAUGUACGCCCUUUACCAGCCGUACUGAUAUGUAUUUUGUUAAGAGACCUUAGGUUCCCAGGAAUUAAAAUUUCAUCAAUCGUACAUAAAA